AUGGAUGGUUCCUUAUUAUCAUUAUUUGAAUGUGACAUAGCAGGAGGUUUAGUUUGCAAACAACAAUUGAAAAAUGAUUUAAUUACUUAUGUGAUCAAUAUUUCUCAUAUACAUAUUAACAAUAUUUGUCAACUAGUUAUUGAAUGUCAAUCCAGUUUAUUAUUGAAAAAUUUUCGAAAACCAAUCAAUGAUCAAGAUGAAAUAAACAGUUAUGAUACGAAUCGAGGAUUUCUUAUUUUUCAAUGGUCGAUAGAUCAUUUAAAGAAAUUACUAUCUACAUCAAGAUCAUUAUUAUUAUGUGUUAUUGAUUAUAAUAAAAAUAAAUUUGCUGGUUAUCAAUUAUUACUAUCUCUGACUGGUCUUUUUCAAUAUAUGGAUUCUACAUAUAGUCACAUUGAAUUUGAUCCGACAAAAACAGGUGUAUCGCUUGAAUAUCAAGGUCUAGGUAUUGCAAGUAGUUUAAUCACACUUGCUAAAAGCCAUAGUAUUGAUGGUUUACGUACGAAUAUCACUUAUUGGCCUUACAACAAUAUUGCAUCUGAAGAAUGUAAAAGUAAAAAUGGAUUUGAAUGUAUUAGUAUUUGGCAUCAAACUAUCUGUGAACAUUUUGUACCAUUCAAAGCUAAAAUAUUUAUUUGGCGACCGAUCAAGUCUGACCUGAGUUGA